AAUAUGUACCGUUAUCUAAUAUCUCAAACCACUCCUCUCGAUAACUAUUGACCGGUACCGCCAUACGAUAGCACGACAGUCUUGCAUCAACAACUGGCUUUAAGACCCGGAAUAUCCUCAUUUGCCGAUGAUCCCGAUGACGAAUAUCUAGAACGAUCAAUAAUGAGCUGGAUGGCAUAUCAUUGACGAUAUGUCACAAACAUACCGAAUGUCCUUGAGGGCAUCUCGUACGAAUAGUACUGUACCUCAUCUUAUCAAGGACGUCGAAACCGUCGAACGACCUCGGUCGAUCCCGACCCGCCCACCACCGUUACCUCAUCCUGCAGGUCAUUCGUCAGCGACGACAAACUCUGGUUCUUCAGCCUCGCAAGUCCGGAGUUUGGGUGUUGAUCACCCUGAAUAUGUCCCGCCUCUGUUGGCUGGGAUAAGAGUCCAUCUCCUUCCGACUAAACUGGAUGCGGCCUUGCCAGAGUAUAGCAGAAAAGUGGUCACACUCGGUGGAAAACUCGUACCGCUUCCAACAGCGAUGGCGUCAGUAACCGGGGAGAAGCCGAUACACCAGGAGAAGACAACGUUUCCCCUGGAUUAUCCUCAUGUGGUCUUGACCGCUCUCAAGGGGAGACCGAGGCUUUCUAGGUUAUUGAUUGGGAAUCUGGUGGAUGACCUGGAUGUGGUGGAUAUCGUCUGGAUCGACGAAGUCUGGAAGACGGCUCAGGAUUGGGUAUGGGGUCGGCCCAUCUCUGUAGGGCUAGGAGCCGACAUGCAGGAUCACGAAGCUCCAACCAAUGACGAAGGCAUCACUGAGAGCCAGAUGAAUACUAGUACCGAUACCGGGUUCGCCCAAUUACAAAGCUCGUCCUUCCCCCUACCCGAACUUCCAGACCGUCAUCCUUUCCGCAUCCCGAAUACCUCGGCGACAAUCUUGGAAAGGAUACGGAAUCGGGACAGUCUGGCAGUAUGCGAAGCUUCGGAUGUGGCUAUCUGUCUAAAGGAGACAUUGGGUCGUGAUUCGGUAAAGAUGGAGUUUGAGCUGGAGGAAGAACGUCUGGAUCUCGGUAUGGGGGCGGCGGGAAAGAGGAAACGAGAUAGUGUGGAUGGCGAUGAGGAAAAGAAUAUGGGGAUCGAAAAGAAAAUCAAGAGGGAAGCAAGCACGAUGGCAUCUGCGAAUGACCGCGAGGAUGCGGGCAAACGACGGCCGGAUGUUCAGAGCUUGACAAGAGGGUUCUCAACGCAAGCGUUGGACUUGAGAUCAGGAGUUCCUGGUUACCUCGCCCAUCUUCAAAAUGAGGAUUCGAUUAAGACGGAGUCAAUUCUUAACUUGAACCCUCCUCAACGUGCUGUGAUCACCUCAAAUUCCGACGCCAACGAUACGGAAACACAACCACCCGAGUUUGAUCAGAAACCCAGUAAAGAGUACAUGCGGAUGGGGAAAAAGGUUUCGAUCCACGUGAAUCAUCCCAAACAGGACAAACAGAUCCUCGCAAAAUCCAAAGAAGAACAAGUGGUCGAAAAGCCUGAAAUUAUCGAUGGGGUCGAGACGCUGCGGCCCCUACCGUACGAUGUUGAGCUGGAAGAAAUCCCCAGUCUGGCUAUUCGGAGGUGUUCGCCAUUGAUUUGCGUGAAUGACGAUAUUAUCAAUGCGAUUAGGCCGAUCUACCUGAAAAGAGAAUUCGAUGCGCCGGCAGAGAAGAACGCUAACACCCUUAGCUAUAAAAGGAGCAUGAGCGCAAGUCGACUUGUACUACUGCCUAUAUCGUGUUUGGAUCCUUAUCGAAUUAUGCAUUUGACAGAUUCUCAAAGGUGGUUCCGAUCCGGACUGGUCUUUCAUAGCAUGGAUAUUGAGCAUAUCCGAAAUUUGGCGUGUUUCCUUACAGCGGUACCUAGGCGGCUGAAGUCGGGCGCGGAAGCACUCAAGCUUUCGGGUUGUGGAAGCAAGGUGGCCGACAGGAUCACGGAAUAUCUAGAAACUGGCCGGAUCGAGGAGUCGGAUAAUAUCCUCACAGAUCCGCGAUUCCGGACACUACGGGAGUUCUCUUCGGUUUUCACUAUCGGAACGAGUACUGCCGUCGAGCUUUACGACACGCACGGAUGUCGGUCUUUAUCAGACGUGGCCGACUACUACGCUGAGAAAGAAGGACAAGAGUGGGACUCUGGGGUCGUCGGUGAGGGUGUCCCUCUGGCAAAGCGCAAAGUUCGGUAUGGUACCGAUGGGGUCUUGGGAGGACGGGGUGGAACUUAUAGGUGGAAGCGAAAGACCAGGGAUGCCGUGAGGAGGCGCCAGGAGGGAAUGAUGUCUAAAGCCGAGAUAUGCAGGGAAUGGAUGUUGAUACAAGACGAAUUGGAUGAGAGGAUUCCACGAGCAGAGGUACAAGAGAUAGCUCGAUGCGUUCAGACUCACCUAGAUGCGAUCCUGCCUGGCUGUCACUGCACACUUACCGGAGGCUAUCGACGCGGUAAACUUGAAUCGGGCGAUAUCGACUUGAUCAUCUGUCCGCCUGCUCCUGGUCUCGAUUCGGGACUUUUGAAAAGCCUACGCGAUCGGAUGACCGCCGCAGGUAUAAUCACACAUAUCCUUCAAUUGACCAUGGCGGUCGACCUGGAAAGGCAAACUCAUAAUAACGCAAGAGGCAACAAUUUCGACGGACUAGACAAAGCAUUCGUCAUUUUCAAGCUGCCGUCCAAUCAUACUCGACGGCCACGUUUACAUCGAAGAGUUGAUCUGAUAGUCGCGCCUUAUCAUAGGUACUCUUUGGCAGUCCUGGGAUGGUCUGGAAGUAUGAUUUUCGAGCGAGAUCUUCGGCGACAUGCAGAAGACGCAUUGGGUCUUAAGUUCGAUUCUGGGAGCUUGCAUGUCAGGCAGACUGGAGAAGAACUCUACGCUAGGACUGAAAGGGAUGUGUUUCGGCUGCUGCGACUCGACUGGGUUCCACCCGAGUUUCGAAACGCGGAUGGCUAAGCGCGCGAGCGUGUUUCAGUCCCGCGCUAGGCCUCCUUUAUCUCGAUGUCAUCCUCAUGCGUUUCAGAGAUAUCCAGGCCUUUAUAAACAGCAAGAAGUCG